AUGGGCUUCAAAUCAGCCUUCACCUCGCUCAUUCUGGCCUCUGGCCUUUUGAGCAGCCCGGCUCUCGCGGCCCCGUCCCCUCAGGCGGCCGCUCCUGCCCCGGCUGCUCCUGCUGCCGCUGGAGGCUGGUGGCUCGGUAACCUUCAGCGACGUGGCGCUGCCGCUUAUGGCGAGCCAGGCUACCAGGUCUUCCGCAACGUCCGCGACUUUGGAGCCAAGGGAGAUGGAGUCAGCGACGACACGGCUGCCAUCAACACUGCUAUCUCGCAAGGUGGUCGUUGCGGCCAGGGCUGCAACUCUAGCACCACCACACCUGGACUGGUCUACUUCCCUCCCGGAACCUAUGUCGUCAGCAAGCCAAUCAUCGCCUAUUACUACACUCAGAUGAUUGGAGAUGCCCUGAACCCCCCUACGCUCAAGGCCGCUGCCAACUUUGAGGGCAUGGCCGUGAUUGACACUGAUCCCUACGACGAGACUGGCCUCAAUUGGUGGGUGAACCAGAACAACUUCUUCCGUUCGACUCGCAACUUUGUCAUCGACCUCACGGGCAUGCCGGCCGACCGUGGCGCUGGCAUCCACUUGCAGGUUGCCCAGACUGCUGGUAUGCAGAACGUCCACUUCAAGAUGCGUACCGAGGAGAACACCAAGCAGAUCGGCAUCUUCAUGGACAACGGAUCCGGUCUCUUCAUGUCCGACCUUGUCUUUGAGGGCGGCGAAUACGGCGCGUUCUUUGGUAACCAGCAGUUCACUACCCGCAACAUGACGUUCCGCAACUGCAAGACUGCCAUCAUGAUGAACUGGAACUGGGCUUGGACCUUCCAGGACGUCACCAUCGAGAACUGCGGUGUCGGCAUCGACAUGGCCAACGGUGACACUUCGCAAACCGUCGGCUCUGUGCUCCUUCUCGACAGCGUCAUCAAGAACACGCCCAUCGGCGUCAAGACUGCCUACAACCCAGCCUCCCCGGAGACCAACGGUACCCUCAUCCUCCAGAAUGUUGACAUGACCCAGAAUGUUCCUGUUGCUAUCUCCGAGGGCAAGAGCAAGGCUCAGAUCUUGGCCGGAAACCAGGUCGUCAAGUCCUUUGUGCAGGGACGCAGCUACUCGGACGCCCUCGCCAAUGGCAAAGCCAGCCAGGCUGCCCAAGCGGCUGUCAACCUCCCCGAUGUGCUCCUCAAUAAGGCCACGGGCAAGGUGUUCACUCGCAGCAAGCCUCAAUACGAGACUGUCCCAGUCGGCAACUUUGUGUCUGUCAAGGCCGCAGGUGCCAAGGGUGACGGAAAGAGCGAUGACACUGCCGCGAUCCAAGCCAUCUUUGACAAGGCCACUCCCGAACAGGUCAUCUUUUUUGAUCACGGCGCAUAUGUUGUCAGCGACACCAUCAAGGUUCCCAAGAACAUUCGCAUGACGGGAGAGAUCUGGCCCUACAUCAUGGCCACUGGUUCCAAGUUCCAGGAUCAGGCAAACCCCCGUGCCGUCUUCCAAGUCGGCCAGCCUGGCGAAGUCGGUGCCGUUGAGAUGAGCGACUUGAUGUUCCAGACUCUUGGUCCUGCGCCCGGUGCUAUCAUGAUCGAGUGGAACCUCAAGGAGGCUUCUCAAGGUGCUGCCGGCAUGUGGGACGUCCACGUGCGCAUCGGAGGCUCAAAGGGUACCAAGCUCGAGUACGACAACUGCAAGAAGCAGCCCAACGAUCCCGGCGCCACCAAAGCUACCGUCGAGAACUGCUUGGGCGCCUUCAUGCUGAUGCACGUCACCGAGAAGGCGUCGGUCUACAUGGAGAACAACUGGUUCUGGGUCGCCGAUCACAACCUCGAGCCCUUCGCCAAGUCGGACCCUGACCCUAGUCAGCAGAUCAACAUCUUCAACGGCCGCGGUGUCCUGAUCGAGUCCCAGCAGGGCCCUGUUUGGAUGUGGGGAACUUCGAGCGAGCACAACGUCCUGUACAACUACCAAACCGUCAACGCCAGCAACGUCUACAUGGCUCUGAUCCAGACCGAGACUCCUUACUUCCAAGGCAACCCUGAGGCGACCACCCCCUUCACCGUCAAUGCCAACUUCAAGGACCCCGACUUUGCUCAGUCUUGUGCUGGCAAGGGACCUGGCUGUGCUAGGGCUUGGGGUCUGCGGGCUGUCGACUCCAAGGACGUCUUUGUGUACGGUGCCGGCCUUUACUCCUUCUUUGAGAACUACGGUCAAUCGUGCCUGGCUACUGCCAGUUGCCAGCAGAACAUGCUUUCGCUGGAGCAGUCUCCCAACGUGCGCCUCUUCGGCUUGUCGACCAAGGCAAGCACCAACAUGUUGACCAUCAACGGCAAGUCGGCCGCGCUUGACAAGGACAACCGUAACAACUUCUGCGCCACCCUCGCCCAGUUCUCGUCAGCCUUGUCGUAGGCCGACAUUCCUGACGUGGAUCGAAACAAGACCGCAAUCAUCCCCAAUGGUGCAUCGUCCGUGGCUGCUACUGAACCGGUUUCAACUAUCAACCUCUCGUCUAUGAUCGCUUCGCUUAUGGGCAAAACGACGGCAUCUUCUCUGGCCCCAGCUUCUACUUCCAUGAGCAUCCCUAUCGUUGUCGUUCCAUCCCUGGGCCUUCCCCCUCUCGUAGCUCCUUCCUUGAGCACCGCUGCUGCACCCAUCAGCACGAUCUCGACAGAGGCUAGCAUUCCGUCUACGUUUGCUCCCUCCACUUCUGGAUCUGGCACCACCACGAAUAUGCCAGUUGAGGUUAUUGCGACUUCUAAUGUUGAGGCUGUGCCUCAGCCUGUGGCGAGCACGGUCAUUUCUUCUUCUGUCAUUACCGCGACUCCGGUCAUCAUUUCUACUGUUACUCCCCAAGCCUCGUUGGGUACGACAGUUCUUCAGACCUCUACCGAUGUCGGUGUUCCUACUGAGGUUGUACCUCAGCCGGUUGCAACACCGACCGUCUCUUCUGCGGUCGACCUUUCAUCCAUCCUGAUUCCUACACUUUUGCCGACCUUUGCCGACGCCCCUGCUUGUCAGGCUUAG